UUGCCCAUUUAACAUCCAAGACAAGGUUUUGACUUGCUAUAGAUAUAGUAGUAGUUUACGUACGGCCGCCAAGGAAUGAAAACAUGAAAUUUAUGGUCUUGUGAUCUUGUCUACUAUCUCUCAGCUUAUACAGCGAUGAACACCACCAGCAGCCUUGUCCAUGACACCAUAACAAAAAACUUUAGCCGUAGAAUGAAUGGUUAUCAGCCUCUGGAUCGAUAUGAUUCUAUGCAUAGCAAUGAUCCUCAUGACAUGGGGUAUAGAACUGCAAGGGCUAAGCAAAGGCAGGUUUUUCUGAAGUCUUACAGGUUAGCAUCAAGAACCAAACUGAGAAGAAGGUCAAGAUCAUUGAAGCUAAAGAAGGUGGUGGCUAAGUGAUAUGAAAAAAAUAUUUUUAGAUUUUCCUAAAUUGGCUCCUCCUUGGAUGGUCUUGGCAAAUAUCAGCAGAGUUUGUCUGCCAAGAAUAGAAGAAUCAAGAGUUGUGUAACAACCAUGCCAUUUACGAAAAUCUUCCAUGUCCACACAUUAUGGAACAAUACCCUAAACUAAUGGAGAAAAACUCCCCAAAAAAGGCUCUCUCUCUCUCUUCUCUCCACCUCCAAGUUCAAGAUUCUUGGAUGAGAAAGGAAAGGGCUUUUCUUUCUUCUUCUCCUUUCUUGUAUAGACUAUGCUCAUAGGGUUCAUCCAUCGACGUUAGGCAGCAAUGGGCACUGCUCCUGAAUACCAACCAAAUUAUGUUAUGCUAAACUAUAAUAAUUCUUCAAGCGUAAGACCUCCUCCUCAAAGGCGUAACAUUCCUAGGUACCAAUCAAACCAUCAUCAUUCACAUGGUGGUUGUUUAAAGUGUGUAUGCUUUUGCUUUUGCUUCUUGAUUGUUAUGAUCAUCCUUCUUGCUAGUGUUAUUGCCUUCAUUUACAUGACACUUAACCCCAAAAUGCCUGAAUAUAAUGUCGCAAGUUUCGAUGUCAAUGCUUUCAACAUGGCUCCAGAUUUUAGCCUCUAUACAGAAUUUGCCGUCACUGUGAAAGCUAACAAUCCUAACACAGGCAUUUCUUUCAUCUACGGCAAGGAAAGCUCUGUCGUUGUAGCCUAUUCAGACUCGACUCUUUGUUCGGGCAAGCUUCCUGCCUUUCACCAACCUGGCGUGAACACAACAAUGAUCCAAGUUGUUUUGAAAGGAAAAAGUGAGUUCGGUUCAGGACUUCAAGAAGUUCUUAUGGACAACAGGGAAACAGGAAAGAUCCCUUUGCUUGUAAUGGUAAACGCACCUGUUUCUGUGGUGCUUAAAAGUUUUCCAUUGAGAGAAGUUAUAGUUAAUGUCAACUGUUCUUUGGUUGUUGAUAACUUGUCACCCAACAAGAGAGUUCGGAUUUUAUCAAGUGAAUAUGCCUAUGCCGUUAAUGGUAUGAAGCUCCAAAUGUAACUGACUCACAUUUUUUCAUUUUCCUUCUUCAUUAACAUCUUCGAUUCCAGCUAGAAGGGAAAGGAGGAGCAGAAUGGGCUAAUAGCAUCCAUGCCAUUUGUCUUCUCUCAGAGAUGAAACCAGAAGAGUUUUGUUCUGCAUGCUAUAUUGUGUUGAUUGCUGAUUAUAAAGCAAGUUUAUGUUAUGCAGUGUUAGCUUGUUCUGUGCAGGCUUUUGUUGGAAUUUGUUCUUAACUAUAUGCAUUUUGCCAGCAGUAUUGUAAUUCUGUAAUGUAUAUGUCACCCAGAACCUGUUAUUGUUUUCACUACUUUAGAAAGCUUAAUCCAUGUUUGGUUCAUUCCUUCUCAA